UUUGCAGAUGGUGUUUCGCAAAUACCGCGCCGUCAAACAAUGGGGAAAAAUGGACACUCGAAUCUUCAAAGAGAUCUAUAAUUCGAGAAAUAAGCGAAAAAUGCCGGCUUUCGAGGUGCCUGACGCGGUUAAGGCGCUCGGUGUGCCAGUUUUUGAGCCAAAUGAGAUUUUUCAACUUUCAAAUCGCAAAAAUCUGGUGGAACAGGCGGCGAAAGAGCACAUGGAAAAUGAGCUGAAAUUCACAGAACCACCACAGCAACAUCCUCUUCAAAAGAGCCACCCGGCGUAUAUCUUCGAAGCCGCCGAGCCAAUGAGCGACGGAAUUGCUCAGGCGGCGGUGCUAACCCGGAGCGUCGUGGCAACCGGCGGCCUGCCAGAUACAAUUCUCCUAAAUUCGGCAGCAAAACUGGAGAUCGACGAGGAAAUGGUAAAAGACGCGAUUCUUCACGGAGAACGAUACAAUCCGAGUCUGGAAAAGUUGCCGGCCCGUUUCGAUCCGGUAAUGUUCUGGAUUCGUCAUCCACGCCUUCACGGAACGCCGGUUAUUAAGAAAAACAAUAUAAUCCUGAAUAAUCUCCUACGACACGUGGUGCUGGGCGGUCUGAGAACUCAGGCAUUAAAACAGAAUUUUCAAGUAAACCGUGAUUCUCCACUGUCCGUCUACGUCUCCGGCGGUCAAUAUUUCUCAAAAAAUGCGCUUGUGCUCCGUGCUCAGCCCCAUCUUACAGUACAAUCUGCAGAUUCCACAGUUACAAUGCCUUGGGCUGGACCAAUUGAUGUUAAAGCUGUUUGCGCGGAGCCCCUUCCCGACAUUUAUCCAAUUUCUCCGGUAAUUGAUUUUUCGAUGGAUACAAUUUACAAUGAUGAUGUACUGCUCACCCGACGGAGCCAACAACAAAAAACUCAUAUUCAUUCAAUUCUCUGGUCACGUGAACAGGAUCAGAAAUAUCCGUGGACCAGCGAACAGAAUAUGGCUAAUGCGAUUCUUACAACCUACGCAGCUGCUGUGGCUGAAGCUACACGGAAUGGAGCAACAACAGAGCUCGAGAAACCAUUGCUUGUCCGUGGAGUACAAUUGGUGAACGGACGUCUUGAUUUGGUUGCCAUGCAGCUUAACACACUGAAACCAACAUCAGAAGCUGGAAAUAAUGACGAAAAGAAUAUUGUGUGGAUCGAGAAGGGUCUCCGUCUCUACAAGCCAACGCCCUACUAUGAGCAAAUGGACACUGUGGAGAAGCUCGAUAUGACCGUUUUUCACAAAUUUGUCGCCUUGAUGCUCGGAUUUGGAGCACCACAUGCUCAUUGACACGGGCUCUAAAUCCUUUUUUUUUCAAAGAAAUUUUGAUUUUUUUUUCAAUUUUUUAAUAGGUAGCUACUGUUUUUCAUUGUUUUUUUGGUUGUUUUUUUCUCGGAUUUUUUUUUGAAAUUGUAUUGAUUUUUUAAUGA